UACAAACCAUUUCCAUUUUCCCGUCCGGACUUCGGCUUCCGCCCACUUUCCCUCCCCACCAAAAUUGCACCUUACAACUGACUCCAUCAGACAAAACUUAUAAACACACCCUUUUCCCGUUUCAACGUCUCCAUCGUACGCUGGUUAAUGGUCACAGGCUACAGGAGGCGAGUGGACAUGACAAACUGCCACUAUCUACCCCCGGAGAUUCUCACGACGGUGUUGUCGUACACCGACAUUGACACAAUCACACGAUCAGUAGCUCAGGUUCCCCAGUUGAAGAAGUUGAUAACGCUCAACAUAAACGAUCUAGAGCCUUCUAAAUGGCUGAACACUGUGAGUUUAUCCGAGAUACAGAAGCUGAAUCUUCACCUGGAGCCGCUGUUCAACAGAUACCGCUUCUUCACCUUCCACAUCACGAGAGUGGAUGAUGAUAAGGACUAUAUGACUCUGUACAGGGUGUUGUCGAGAUUGUUGAAGGACAGGGCAAGGCAUGUAGAGAUAGUGUACGAUGUUGAAGAGAUCAACGUGACGCACCUCAAGAUGCUGAAGUACUUGUUCCAUGAUAAGCCAAGGCCGGAGCAGUACCGCGUUAGGUUCCCCAGGCUGAGGGAGCUGAAGACAAACGGCAACCAUCUGUUGAUGAACGACGUCGUCGAGUACACACAACUCCGCACGAUGAACCUAUACUAUUGCUCGUCGAAGUUCUAUUCAGAGGUGCUGGGCUACCUGAACCUCGACAGGCACCCGACAACGCUUCCGCAACUGACCCAGCUGAAAUUACAGGACUACAUGAACGAGGAAGAGGAUGUCUAUUCGAUGCACAGUAACAACUACGUGCGUAAGAAUGGAUACGACGAUGACUAUGACGACGACUAUGACGACUACGACCAUAACUCCGACCUGGACGAGAACGAGUUCUACUUUGACGGGCUGGAGAUAGUGCAGAACCUCAAGCUCACACGCCUCGAGUCCCUGGUGAUGAAAAACUGUAACGUGUCUACGUUCAAGAGCAUCGUGGCCCCACGGCUAAGGCUGCUGAGAAUAAUGGAGGUCAGCAAUAAGCACAUCGAGGCAUUCGACCUGAACCUGGUUGACAUCCAGGGCGAGGAGGAAUCCAUCAAGAGAUCGUUCCUGAACUCCUCCGUGUCAACAUCAUGCUCCAUAGUGGGCAAUGAGCUGCCCCAGCUACAAUCCCUAGUGCUCAUUGGCCACAUCAAGCUAAGAGCCCUGACAAACAACACACUGGGAAACCUACACAGCGGCCAAGUGUUGCUAAGGGUCUGUAACUGCGAAGUCACUGACAUCUCCAAGUUCCAAGACCAGUACAAACACUCAAACACCCUACUUCUAUAGCGCGCUAACUUAUCGUAUUUAUCUAUCCCGGCCCUGUAUGAUUUCCACGAAUCUCAUGAUGGUAGAAACUUCCAAUCUGGUGAUGCUUUUGAAGCCCACUUCCCCGGACACACAGGGCCCACUGCGAAAAUUUUCUGCCAAA